AUCUGUUUCUCUAUGUUUCCUUCAUUUGGCAGAACUGUUUAGCGAAUGCUACCACAACAGUGAGGAGAGAGCAUUUGCUCUGUUGGUGAGGAAAAAUCAGUACUGGAGCAAAACCACCUGCCUUCAGCUGGCUACAGAAGCAGAUGCAAAGUCUUUCUUUGCGCAUGACGGUGUCCAGGCCUUCCUGACAAAAAUAUGGUGGGGAGACAUGUCUACAAGCACACAGAUCCUGAAGUUAAUCUGUGGAUUCUGGUGUCCUUUCCUAAUCUACACAAAUUUCAUAGCAUUCAGUGAGGAAAAACAAUCAAAGAACGAGCCAGAGCCAUUUAGAGAGCUGGACAGUUUAGAUACAGAGAGGACGCUCUUUUUUUCCAAAGAAGAAGAUCGAGGAAAUGGUAAAUUGGAAAAGCAGAACCCUUCUGAAAACACAGCGUGGGCGACAUUCAUGUUUACUCGGUGGAGAAAAUUCUGGAGUGCCCCUGUAACUGUAUUUGUGGGGAAUGUUAUAAUGUACUUUGCUUUUCUUUUUCUAUUUACUUAUGUCCUUUUACUGGACUUUAAACCCCCACCUGAGGGCCCAUCUGCUAAAGAAAUUAUACUUUACUUCUGGGUUUUUACCCUGGUUUUGGAAGAAAUCCGGCAGAGUUUCUAUACAGAUGAAGACACAAAUUUAAUUAAAAAAUUUAAACUGUAUGUGGAAGAUAACUGGAAUAAAUGUGAUAUGGUGACCAUCUUCCUCUUCAUAAUUGGGGUAACCUGCAGGAUGCUGAACUCGACUUUUCAAGCUGGCCGUACAAUACUUGCCAUUGAUUUUAUGGUGUUUACACUUAGACUGAUACAUAUUUUUGCAAUUCACAAACAACUUGGACCAAAGAUCAUAAUUGUGGAAAGGAUGAUGAAAGAUGUUUUCUUCUUCCUAUUUUUCUUGAGCGUGUGGCUCAUUGCCUACGGUGUGACAACUCAAGCUCUACUUCAUCCCAAUGACAGCCGAGUGGAAUGGAUAUUCAGAAGGGUGCUUUAUCGUCCCUACCUUCAGAUAUUUGGCCAGAUUCCACUGGAUGAAAUAGACACAUCACGAAUGUAUCCCAGGAACUGCACGUUUAAUCCACUGCAGAUUCUGCAAGAGAACUCGCCAUCAUGUCCUAAUAGCUAUGCCAACUGGCUCGUCAUACUCCUGUUGGUCAUCUUCCUACUGGUCACGAACGUUCUCCUUAUGAACCUCCUGAUUGCUAUGUUCAGUUACACUUUUCAAGUUGUUCACGGCAAUGCAGACAUCUUCUGGAAAAUUCAGCGCUACAACCUCAUUGUUGAAUACCAUGGCCGGCCUGCCUUGGCACCACCAUUUAUCGUUAUUAACCACAUAACUCUGGUUCUCAGAAGAAUCUUCAACAAAAUGGAACACAAAAAAGAACUGGAAAGAGAUCUUCCGGUUGGCCUAGAUCAAAAAAUCAUAACGUGGGAGCUGGUGCAAAAGGAAAAUUAUCUUGUAAACCUUGAACAAGAAAGGAAAGAAAGCAAUGAAGAAAGGCUGAAGGCCACAUCUAAUAAGGUGGAUAAUUUGUCUAAAUAUUUUAGUGGAUUGAAGGAACAAGAAAAGCGGUUUAAGGUUAUGGAAGCCCAGAUUUGCUACUGUACAGCUGUUAUCUCCUCAAUGGCAGAGGUUUUAACCAAAACCAACCUCUUGUGCAACAAACCAGCUCCAAACUAUACGUGUGUGAUGAAUGCCAACCCAGAAGUGCCUUUGCCAGAAAGAAGUGAAAGAGAAGAGCGUGCAGAUCAGUCCGAGCCUGACAUCACAUACAUUGAUAAUUAA